UGACGGCCAUCGGAGGUUUCGAACUCGUAAUUUAGGAAACCAUAAAACAAGGAUCCUACAAUUUAGGAGGCUGGAGUGCUGUCACUGUGAAUUGUGAGAUUUAAUGAGUCAGUUGCAUAGACUGUUACAGCUGAAGUUGUGGAACAGUUCGGAUGGGCUAGUUAAGAGGAAGUCAUAAUAUGUUUUGGAAAAGGGCUCGUUUCUUCUACUUUUGCUUACUUUUCUCUGGUUUCUGGUUUGCUUGCUGCGCCUUGGGAACGGCCAGGAGGAAUGUGCUGCUGAUCAUUGCUGAUGAUGGUGGUUUUGAGAGUGAAGUGUACAAUAACACUGUUGUGAAGACCCCUAGCCUGAGUGCCCUUGCAAAACAAAGUGUCAUCUUCAAGAAUGCUUUCUCAACUGUCAGCAGCUGCUCACCCAGCAGGUCCACCAUCCUAACUGGCCUACCCCAGCACCAGAAUGGAAUGUAUGGGUUACAUCAAGAUGUGCACCAUUUUAACUCCUUUGACAAUGUCCGGAGCCUGCCUCUCCUGCUCAGCCAAUCAAAUAUCCGAACAGGUAUUAUUGGAAAAAAACAUGUUGGCCCACAGGCAGUAUACCCCUUUGACUUUCAGCAUACUGAAGAAAACAGUUCCAUUCUGCAAGUUGGGAGAAACAUCACCAGGAUCAAGCUGCUUGUGCGACAGUUUUUGAGGACCAAAGAUGACAGACCCUUCUUUCUCUAUGUGGCCUUUCAUGAUCCCCACCGCUGUGGACAUUCCCAACCUCAGUAUGGAGUUUUUUGUGAAAAAUUUGGGAAUGGUGAGAGUGGAAUGGGCUGGAUCCCAGAUUGGAAACCACAGUAUUAUACUCCAGAGGAAGUCAAAGUGCCUUACUUUAUUCCUGACACACCUGCAGCCAGAGCUGACCUUGCAGCGCAGUACACCACGGUGAGCCGUCUCGAUCAAGGUAUUGGUCUAAUCCUGAAUGAACUGCAUGAUGCUGGCUUUGAGAAUAACACAUUGGUGAUAUACAGCUCUGACAAUGGAAUCCCAUUCCCUAAUGGCAGGACUAACCUCUACUGGUCUGGUACAGCAGAACCUAUGCUGGUCUCUUCUCCUGAACACUUGCAGCGCUGGGGUGAAGUCAGCAGUUCAUAUGUCAGUUUACUAGAUAUAACUCCCACUGUUCUAGACUGGUUCUCAGUACCAUAUCCUAGCUACAGUAUUUUUGGAAAAGACAAAGUUUUCCUCACUGGCAAGUCACUCUUGCCAGCACUUGUUUCAGAGCAGCCUUGGUAUACUGUUUAUGGCAGCCAGAAUCACCAUGAGGUCACAAUGUAUUACCCAAUGAGAUCUCUCUAUUACCAGCAGUAUCACCUGAUCCAGAACCUUAACUUUAAAAUGCCAUUUCCUAUUGACCAGGAUUUCUAUGUGUCACCGACCUUCCAGGAUCUUCUGAAUAGGACUCAGGCUCAACAGCCCACCCACUGGUUUAAAACUCUACAUCAGUACUAUUACAGAGAAAGGUGGGAACUCUAUGACAGGUCUGCAGACCCUAGUGAGAUUAGAAAUCUGGCCAUGGACCCUAAAUUUAAGCUGCUGUUUGAAAGCCUGAAGACACAGAUACUACAAUGGCAGUGGGACACGUAUGACCCCUGGGUUUGUGCUCCAGAUGGAGUUUUUGAGGCAAAGUUGAAUCCUCAGUGCCGGCCUCUGUUUAAUGGAUUAUAGUUUCCGCCUUCAGCUGUAAAAUGUUGCCAUAUCGGUCAAUUUUUUUGUAUAUGGGUUUUUAAAUAUAAAGCUAUUAAAGUAUACUGCCUGAAUGUA